AUGGCCAAGCUCAUGAAAAAACAAAUGUUGUAUAAUGAUCCUUAUUAUGGUGACUUUUCUCUUGAUGUGCUGCGUAUGAGUCGUCAUGCUGUUCAACGAGCCAAAGAACGGAAAAUUCCUGCAGCAGAACUCUUGCAAUCGCGGAGUUCCAUCAAUGCGUACGUCGAUAAGGUUGUAAGCAAAAGUGGUGUAGUUAUAACUGCUUAUCCACGAUCCCAAAAUAACUCUCAUUACUAUGAACUACCUGAAAAUGGUAAACGUUUUACGUUUCCAAAAAAUGGUAUUGGUCUAUUUAUUGGUAAACAACAUGCAAAUAUCAAACGUACUCAAGCUGAAUAUAAUUUGAAGUCACUUUAUUUUGAUAAAAAUGAUGAUCUCAUUGCCGUCACCCGAGUGAGCGAUUACGAUUGGACAUUAGUAGAGAAGAUGAUUGAAAAAGCAUGCAAACGAAAAUAUAAACCAAAAAAGUAG